UACUUUUGUAAAUUGUAAACAAAGUUUUCUCCAAAUCAACUCCAAGUGAUUUGUGGAGUUUUGUUACGUAUUAUAAAUAUAUAGUGGACUAAUUUUGCAUAAGUUUUAAAUAUUCCAUAAGUUCAAAGUAAAAAUGAACAAAGUUAUCGAAAUACAUCACGAUACUUGUAGGAGUCGAUCCGACAUUCGAAGUGCUAAAGAUGUAUACAGGAUAAGUACCUCAAGUUUGAACAAGAAAGAACUAGAAGAUCUAUAUUAUUCCUUAUUCGACAAUAACUUGGAACUCAAAAGAACAGUAAACAGCCAAAAAGAUCAAAUCAAGGUGCUGACGACUAGAAUAAGUAGACUUACGCAAAAGAAUAUUUAUAGUCCUCUAAAAGGGUGUAAUAAAAAUACUUUGAAUGAACAUAAGGAAAUUAUAAUAGAUUUGAAGCAAGCCAAUGAGAAGUUGGUAGAGAGAGUAAGAUUGCUUAACAUGCAGCUGUGUUCUGCUAAACAAUUUGUAAAACGCAAUCCACUGCAAACGUCACGAUGCCACAAUUGUGCUAAUAUUAUCAGAAACUCUUCCAGUAUAACACUACUAAACUCAAAGAGAAGUCAACCAAACCUGCGGACAAAAUCUACUGCCAGUCAAUAUGAACAUGACAUUACACCAAUAAUUUUAGAGGAAACCAUCAAAGAAUUUGUGCCAACCAAAGAUCAAGAAGAAUGUACACAGAACAAAUGUAGAACAGCAAUAGAGGAGCUGCAACUUAAAAUACAGGAACUUGAAAAGGAACUUUUAAGAAUUACUGAGCAAUACAAAAAUGGAAAUAAGAAGUAUACGGACUAUGAAAAUGUGGUGAGCAGUGUGAAGGAAGAGAAUUUAAAAAUUCGGUCGCAGGCGCGUGUUUGCGAGGAAAGGCUGGAGGUGCAGAGGAAAGAGUAUCAUGAACUGCUGAAGAAGUUGAGGAGUGUAGAGGCACACAAUGAAUCUGUUUCCCUGGAGUUGAUUCUGGAGAAACAGAAGACCAGAGAGCUUGAGACACAGUUGAAGGCGGCGGAGAUCUCGCACAACAUCGUACAGGCAUUAUCACAAGCAGUGAAAGUAAAUCGAUCUCAUGAGCCAGUGAGAGAUGAGUCUCUCUUGCACAUGAGAGCUGACGACUCUCUUAUGUCUAUGAGGGUUGAUGAAUCUCUUAUGCCAAUGACAGUUGACGAGGCUAUCACGCCUAUGAGAGUUGACGAAUCUCUUUUGUCCAUGAAAGCGGAGUCUCUUACGCCCGCCAGAGCUAAGUCGCUCAUACCAGUGAGAGUAAAUGAAUCUCUUACGCCUUUACGAGAUGAGACAACAGAGAAAAUGGGUGACUCGCCAUACAAGGUGGAGCAAUCAGACGAUUCGGGGUACUUGGAGGCAACUAAUAAGUUUCUCGAACAAGGCUGUGGUGAUAUUAAACUAGAUAAAAUAAUCGAACAUAAAGAGCCUAAACAAAAAAAAACAAUGACAGUAAGCGAUGAUUACAAAAGGAAGAAAAGAAAAGGCAAGAGUAGGAACAGCAAAAGAGAUAGUUCUAGAGAAUCGUCUAUUGAUGGAAAUCUUAGUAGGAUGUCAAGUAAUGAUGGGUCUGAAAAUCGUAUUGAUAAAGACAGUAAUGUAACAGAAGAUAUAGAACAACCUAGGAAGGACUCAACAAGAAGGAUAUUAAAGGACAUUGGUGUACAGAGCGCAGUGGAAUAUGUGUCUCGCGCUGUAGGGGAUAUUGUAGCUGAUAGAACUGAUGUCGAGGUGCAGAUAGGUGAUAGUCUCUGCGCUAUGCUGGACAUAGACACGCGGACUUACUCCCGUAAGUCUAACCGCACGUACUCUGUACACCCCGCGCCCGCGCCGCCCGCACCAGCUGACAAUACAGAGAGAGAGAUAUCCUCGCUGUCCGACCUGCCUUCGGAGAGAGAAUUGACCCCGUCAGACUACAUCUCCCCGGGCGAGGCGGUCAGCAGCUCCGAGUACUCCGCCAGCUGGAGCGAACUCAGCGAGGGAGAGUUACCACUAGCACAACAUAAGCUGUCUUAUGGCGAGGUAGACGCGAACACGAGCAUCGGCGAGCACAAGCCGUCAAUAUCACCAGAACGCCUGAACCGUGCGAUGAAAGCUGCUAAGGAGGAAGCGGACCGGGUCGCCUGUCUACUGGACGGUAGACCGGUAGACCUGCCCGGCGGGACUGUCAACCCGCUAGUACUUCUCCGAGCGAGGUACCAGUAGACCUGAGUAGAUUUGAGCAGACAAGAGUAGACCUGAGUAGACUGGAGUAGAUCUGAGAGAGCUGCUAUUUGCCAAAGCGGAAGCGGACCACCGACCAGGUCGCCCGUCUACUCGACGGUAGACCGGUAGACCUACCUGGCGGGACCGUCAACCCGCUAGUACUACUCCGAGCGAGGUGCCAGUAGACUUGAGUAGAGAGAAGAAGAACUGAGUGGAUUGGAGUAGAUCUAAGUACUCAGACGAAUUGCAUUUUCUAGUUAAUAAUAGUUAGCGAUGCGCUAUGUCAAAUACCAUAAGUUUUUCGUUACCGAUCGGUACCGAUAUUUAAAUUCGCUGUCGAAAUUUGUGAACGCAAUAUGACCUAUGAUAAGUAGAUCAAGUUAAAUGGUAAGAGUAGACCAAAGAUCAAGAGGUGGAGGGAGUAAAUGUCCACAUAAUAUAUCAUUUAGAGGAUUAUGUUUAAAUGUUAAAAUUAUCUUCAUGAUAUUGGUUACUAUGGUAUCUACCUAUUCCGUCUGUAUAAGCAAUGAUUUAUGUUAUUAUUCUGUAGUUUUGCUAAUAAAGUAAUUAUUUAAUA